CUCUGAUGGAGGAAGCAGGAAGUCCGUCCACCGAGAAGAAGAGCCCGACCACAUAACCAAAACACAAAGAACUGAGCUAAAGUCUAAGAGAAACUUUCUCACAUUUACUACAAUGGCCGGCAUUAAAGCACUGGUUGGUUUGUCCUUCAGUGGUGCCAUUGGACUUACAUUUCUCCUUCUGGGCUGUGCACUGGAACAGUACGGGGUAUACUGGCCGCUGUUUGUCCUGAUUUUCUACAUAUUGAGCCCCAUCCCGACCUUCAUGGCCAGACGCCUCAGUGAUGACACUGAAUCCUCCAAUGCAUGCAGAGAACUGGCCUACUUCUUAACAACUGGCAUUGUGGUAUCAGCUUUUGGGCUUCCCAUUGUGCUAGCCCGCAAAAGCACAAUCCAGUGGGGCGCCUGCGGUCUGGUGAUGACAGGAAACGCUGUCAUCUUCCUCACCAUCUUCGGCUUCUUUGUCGUGUUUGGAGGUGGGGACGACUUCAGCUGGGAGCAGUGGUAGAGGGCCGUCAGACAGUGGACAGACAGAAGGAUGGAUGGAUGGAUGGGUAGGUGGAUAGUUGAAUGGAUAGACUACAGACUGAGGGGCACAUGUGUCCUGCACUCUUUGGAGAAUGAUGCACAGUGUAGGCUGCAAAAUGUCAAAUUUACCAGGCAUAUUUUCAGACUGAUUUUUAUAUUACAGGGUGUUAGUGUUGGUGACAACACUAUGAGCCCUAAUAAUGUGCCUUAUGUCUGGGACCAGAGAGACCGAUGAUGCCUAUCCACCUUCACCCAUGUAUUUUAGCUUGCCUCGCCUUUGUUUCAACCCUCAAAUCACCCUGCUCAUUGCACCUGCCUUUUACGUUCAUUAUGCUUCAGUUAAUCAAUAUCAUAAAGGGAUCCUAAAGAGUAACUCUGUUGCAAUGUGCACCACAAUGCUCACUGCAUUAUCUGUCCUCACUGUUCAAGGAGGAAGUGGCGAUAGUGGAUUACAGCUUGCUUAUUGUGAGCUCUGUUUGCUGUGUAAAGUGUGAAGGCAGGGCAAGUUAUCCUAAUCCAUGCUAUCUGACAACUAGUCGUAGAAGUCCUAAUCAGGUAAAUAUAUAUUUGUAUGGAGAUGUUGAGUUAUUUUGUUUUCAUUUUUGCUACAAGACUUUAAAGCAUUACUUUAGUGUUCUGGUGCAAUUGUUUACAUUUUCACCAAAGAUCAUUUUAGAGUGCAAAAAAAUGGAGCAUAUUCUCCUCUAUGCUGUGGAUUUUGAUCCGUGCUAUGCAGCAAUAUGAUCCUCAAAAGCAAGCUGAGGCAUUUGAGAAAGCGCUGGUUAGUGAGGAUCAUACAUCUUAAGUGUCUGUGUUCAGUUAUUGUACAAACAAGCCAGAGAAAGCACUCAUAUCCAUUUUAUUUUCCUGCAAACGACAAAGACAUUCAUACUGUUAGCAUGAUAUUAAUUUGGGAAUCACUUUUUUACAAGUUGAAUGGUUGAUAUGGGAGAUAUAUAAUUUUAGACAAAGUGUUUUUGUCCUACAUGUAGACUGUAUAUAAAGAUGGACAACGCAUCUCUAUUUCCUCCCAUUGUACAAAAGCGAAGCCAAAAUAUCCGGGAUACAGCUGCUGCAGUCUUGUGCUGGUGACGCCAUUUUGAGCCCGAGUCCAUUCAUUAGCAUUCCCCACAGUAUUGAGUCCAACCAAUCGUGAGCAGCACCAUUGAUCGCAGGCACUCCAUUAGCACACACAGUUGUCAAUCAUGUCGGCAAACCACCUUUAUAGCAUCAGAUAACCAGGGCUGUCCCGCAAAUCAGUUUUGGGCAUCGAAGCUUUGGUGACAAAUAUGCGCAAAAUAACAAGGGCAGAACUCAGACUAAAACAUUAGUAUUUUUUUAGCCAAUACACUGAAAUGAUGUGACAGUUGCCACUUUGUUAGCAUGCAAGUUACAGUAACAUUAACCAUAAUAGCUAGGAAAGAAAGAAUAGUUUGCAAGACGGCUAUUCUGAGUCACUGGAUCAGACUGUGGCUAGAAACCUGCCCUUCCGCUAUCUGCAUGCUAACUGUUUUCAAAAUCCCCUUUGCUAUGGGAAACAACAACCUCAGAGCUAACCUACAUACUGAAAAUUGCAAGUUUUGAUGGAGAUUUGAUUCCUGCAAUAUGGCCUGAUUGCUUUGUUCUUUCAGUGAAUUAUUGCAAAGAUCUACAGCGAAUAAAACAACUUAUGAACGCACCUUGAAAAAUCCCAGACUCUGUCUCGCAGGACUCUCAUGCCCGAUGUUGAUCUAUUUUCUGAUGCAGCCAGUCGCAGUUGAUUUGCAACAUCUUUCAAAACAAAAACAACAGCUGUGUGAUGCUAACAGUUAGCCGUGUCACUGUGUGUAUUCCUUUCUGACAGUAUUUUGCAAGGGCACCAUCACUGCAUCCUGGGUUUAUCGAUCACUUACGGACAAUUUAGAGUCACCAAUUAACCUGCAUGUCUUUGGACUGUGGGAGGAAGCCGGAGUACCUGGAGAAAACCCACGCUGACACGGAGAGAACAUGCAAACUCCACACAAAACUCCACCCCAGGUUUAAUCUGCGACAAGAACUGCCUAAAAUAAUAGAAAUCAUCUUUGAGAAAAAAGUACUUGCCUGUUCUUUCGACGAUUUUUUUUUUUUUUUUACUUUAGUCCAUGUCCCAUCCGUUGACAUGUAAGGGGCGGGGUUUAUGGCCUAUACUGCAGCCAGCCACCAGGGGGCAAUUGAGAUGUUUUGGCUUCACUCUCGGGGAGCUGUCAUGUCGUCCAUCUUUAUCAUACAGUCUUUUUGUCCUAAAGGAGAAGGCUUUACCUGUGAACUCAUUCAGAAGUGCCUGUCAUUCACAGUGCAUAUUUUGAUUAAUAGCGAAAUCACUGUGAUUCAGUUUUGAGUCAGGUUUUUGUGUUUCAUCAUCAGGGGCCAUUGAAAUCUGUAAUUGUAAAUCAAUAUCACAUCAUCAUGUUCUUCAUCAUCAUUGUCAGUAACUGAAUAUUAAUGAGAGUUUGUAUAAUUAGCCCACCUCAUAGAGACUAUCACAGAAAAUUCUUAGUGUCCUAUAUUAAUUUCUUCUUUCCUUAACUGCUUUUCAAGGGGAAAUAUUACACUGUAUGUCUCACAACUGACAUGUUCAAUAAAGAAAGCUCGUUCUUUCUGUUGUUACUCCCAUACCCACACUAACGAGUGCUGAAGAGCUCUCAGAGGUUAUUUUAUAAGCUCCUGACUGCAUUUUGUUUUCUAACAUUGAUUAAAAUUCUCUGUAUAGUGAAAACAAA